UGAUAUUCAUAAGGGUGACUAUAUGAACGUGUACGAUAUGUUGAGGAGAGCAGGUGACAGGCCAAGACGUCAACCCCCAACAUAACACACUCCACCUGCGUGUGCGGCCACGUGAGCACCUCUCUCUUGACCUGCUGACUCGAGGCUCCUCUCUCAUACGUUCCUCACUGAUUGUCAAUGCGGGAUAGUGACGGUGGAAGCGAUUAUCUCUUUUUAAACGUUGUGAUACCAAGUUCAGAAAAUGUGUCCUAGGCUUGGUAGUGAUUGAAGACUUAUUGUAAAUUGUAAUAGGUAGAGUUGGAGGAGUAGCAGUGGUCUUGUGUCACCAUGACGGUGGUGGCCCCGGCGCCGCGUCCCAACUCCCUGUUGCCGCGGGCGCCGGCACCCUGGCGUCCCAUGGCAGCGCUGGGGCUGCCUGCGGCCGUCCAGAGCCUCCUGCAGCAGCUGGGGGGUACAUUCCACACUUACCAUCCAUUCCGGCGUGCUAGGACUGAGAGCGAGGGCGACGCCAACAUUCCUCGCAGCCCCGCACCUCUCCUGCUGUUGAGUCGUAACGCCCUGGUGGCGUCCUUUGGUUUGCGGAAGCUGCGGCGGCUCUUGCUGUGGGCGGGAGCACCGCGGGCGGUGUCCAGGCUGGUGUCUACGGUGGGUGCUGGGGAGUGCGAGGCCCUGGGCGCCGCCCCUCUCACCGACGUCUUCGCUCAACCUUUCUUCCACCGAGCUGUUACCUGGCGGGUCACCUGUUGCCUCGACCGUCAGCCAUACCUCACCACCUACGCCGCCACCUCCGCCAUCCACGGCUACUGCGUCCCCUGGGGCGGGUGGCACUGGCUGGGGUGGGCGGCGGACUCCUGGUUCUGGGUGGACCAUCCUCACAUCAUGAGCGUGUGGGGCGUGGUCUACGACGAUGUCACCAGCAACGCCUUCUACCUCCUUGACACGCCCAUCGCCACGCUCGACCAGAUCCAGACUCGACUGACGGCGUGCGGGUGCUCGGUGCCGGAGGAGCUGGUGUGGACGGUGGUGUACCAGGUGGGGUCGGCGCUCCUGCAUAUGGUCGAGGCUGGUCUACCAUACACGCCUCUCGCACUCGACAAUAUCUUCCUGCUCAGGGACAGACUGGCCCUUGAGAACAUGCUCUCCAGGAAGCACAGGAUGACUGGAUGUGGGUGUGAGGCGUGGCGGGGCUCGGCAGGCCACCAGCGAGCUACAGCUGCUGGACCCUCUGAGCGGUGCUUCAUUCACCACGUGGGACAAAUCAUCUUCGCACUCAUUACUUGUCACCUGCGGUCACAGCCGGAGGGAAGCGUGCCGCCCUGCAGUCCCGUCAACACGCUGCGCUCCCUCAAGCACCUGUACUCUCCCACGCUGCUCAGACUACUCUCCCGCACCCUGGCGGGGGGCGUGAGUGUGGCCUGGGGGGUGAUGGGCGGCGGUGGGGAGGGCAGGGUGGCAGUGCGAGCCUUCCAGUGGGAGACACAGUGGGAGCAGUUGGACCCCUGCCCGGAGGCCGAGUGGCCGCUGUCUGCACCUGAGCCACUGUUUACCGACUUUUUUAACCUGCCGCUGCACACUCGACCCGUGACCAAGGAUACUCCAUACUCCAGCGGCAGUCAUUGCCGCCCUGUAGCAUCCAACCCGUCCUGCACACACUCUGGAGCCUCGCAGGGGGAUGGUGAGAGCCCUUCCCGGGGUGUGCACGACCCCACCACCCACUCCGUGAGGAGCAGUGAUGCAGGUGUGAUGGCUGGCUUCCUACACGACAAUGCUCCUGUGCAGCUGCUGCAGGUGGUGGUGAUGGCUGCAGAGAGGAUCCUGGCGCUGCGUCCGGCCACCACCCUGGCGGAGGCCAUCCUCUCCUCCCCCCACCGUCUAAUUCAACACGUAAUGACCGCACAAAAGAAGCACCUUAAGACUAAGUAAUACAGUGGGGCCAUGUCAAGUAGGUGCUUCUCUGUAAUGUGAAAUAUUUCAUUAACGAUUUAGUGUUGGUCAGUCAUUUUAGUUGACAAAGUGAAAGUGUUGUAGUUUUUCAGGCGACAAAAUCACUCUAAAUUGGCCGACAGGAAGAUGAGCUAGCUGUAAUAUGGGGCUCCAUGUCUAAAGAUAUAUCGGUGUGUCUUAGUCACCGGGAGUGUAAGAUGUUCACGGCUUGGCUAGCAAGUGUGCUGUAAUUACAUAGAAACUCUGAGCAUAAAUUAAAUGUUUGAAUAAUAUUCUAAAAUGAUAUUAUAAAAUUCAACAGUUGAAGAAUUUAUGGUUCCUAUGAAAUAUUUAGUCCUAAAACCACGAACAUGUCUGAUACUGAUAAAACAAGUUUGCCUUAGAAUUGCAUCAUCAAAUACAAGUGUCAGUAUCAGCUCUUAAGGUCAAGUAUAUAAAAGUUACCAAGCCUCGCCAGUCUGGUCAAAAACAGAUUCGUGUUUUGUUCAGUUUUGAAUGUUCCUUAAAUGUUCUAGGUAAAAGUUUACCUCGUGCAGGUACCACUGAAGACAUUUUAUAAUGCACAGAUCAGAGGAGCAGAAACAAAGUACCAGGCUGUAAACCUUAUUGCUGUACUAAACUUUACACCUCUCCACGACUUAAACUUUGACAUGAGAAGAAGCCUAAUCAAUUUACAUUUUCUGUGUGAAUUCCAACAAGUUGGAUUCAAAUACACAGCACAUUUAUCGCAGAUGUUUUCUAACAACUUUAACACAUACUUUUAGUACGGCUUUCGAGUAACAUUACUGUAAUUAUCAUGUAAUAAUUUAGUAUGACGCUUUGAGUAACAUUACUGGGAGAUAACCAGUGUGACAUUGCCAUAAUAAUGUAUUGAUAACAACAUCCUGUGAUUUAAGUUUAGUGUCUUGACUAUAUGUAUGUAUGCAACAGUAAUGUGUAUUUUGUUUACUCUUUCUACAUGGAAGAAAUAUGGACCUUAUCGCUCCCGUAUAGCUAGAACUCCCUUUAUAUUUAAGGUGCACAAAAUCUUGAUAGAUAUAUAUUUGCUAUCGCCAGAUAAAAAAAAUACAUAUAUUUAUCGUAGAAUCUGAGAUAUAUAUAUUUUGUAUGUUUAUGUAACCUGUAUUCAUGCCUUC